AUGGCAGCCCCUCUCUAUACCACCGAUUCUGGCCUUCUAUGGCAUGCUGGAAAGAUACUUGUCGUCACUGUUGGACUCCCUGCAAGGGGCAAGACCCAUAUAUCGCGCGCCCUGGAACGUUACUUGCGUUGGAUGGGCGUGAAAACCACGGUCAUUUCUUUGGGUGAUUACCGACGCAAGACAGCAGGGGGCGCACACACACUUCCUCCGGAUUACUUCACCCUAGGUGAGUCAUGCCAGCGGUCUCCCGAAACACAAGCUCUACGUAGAAAAGUGCUGGAUGGUUGUGAGCAACUCAUUUGGGACUUCUUCAAUAAAGGAGGCCAGGUUGUAAUCUACGAUGCGAACAACGGGACCAGAGAGGCUAGAAACACGCUAGCGAAGAAGUUCGACGACCAGGGCAUACAUGUGAUCAUGCUCGAAUCCAUGUGUGAUGAUCCUGAACUAAUCGAACGGAAUAUACGCAGCGUCAAAAUCUCCUCUCCGGAUUACCGAGGCUGGGACCCAGAUAAAGCAGUCAAGGAUUAUUAUUCUCGCAUCUCGGAUCAUGAAAAGUACUAUGAACCAGUUGAGGAGACAACAUGGCCAUUUAUCCGAAUUAUCAAUGUGCUAACCGAUGGUCUCGUUACCGACCUCCCCUUGUUUUGCCAACCAUGGCAGUCCAGGAUCGUGUUUUUCCUGAUGAAUAUUCACAACAAACCACGGACGAUAUACUUCGCACGAUCAGGACAAUCGUCAUUGGAACAUUCAUACAAGGCUGAUUCCGACCUUUCGGAAGCAGGAUGGGAGUACGCUGCGCGUCUCAAAGAAUUCGUCGUCGAACGUCGAGCCAAGACAUUUGAACAAAGAGGUCUGGAUCCUAAGGACCACCGUCUAGUCAUAUGGACUUCCUCUAGGCGAAGAUCGCACCAUACCGCCUGGCCCUUCAUCAGCGAUGCCACUAGUUCGGGCACCCCGCUGAACGUGAAGAUUGUAGAGAAGGCACAGAUGGGCGAGAUCAAUCCAGGCGUGUGGGACGGGUUCACCCCAGAGCUUGCCAGGAAGUUUUAUCCCGACGAAUGGGAGCGCUUCUCUAAGGACCCUUACGCGUAUCGGGCUCCGCGUGCGGAAAGCUACCAUGACUUAUGCGUGCGCCUUGAGCCUAUCCUGAUCGAGCUAGAACGCGAGCAAGAGGACCUCCUGAUCAUAGGUCACGCCUCUGUCAUACGAUGUCUUCUGGCGUACUUGAUAGGUCUUCCGGCUUCUGAGAUUCCUGCCAUCGAGGUGGCUAGGGGCGACUUGAUCGAAGUGACGCCGACUUCAUACGGCGUCCGUAGCCAGGCCUUCCACUUCUGGGAUGGGCCUGGGCGUCGCGGCGAUGGACCUGUGGAACAGGGCUCUGGCAAGGACGAGAACAAUUUCUAUGAGAAUUACGCAGAGGAUACGUGGGGCAAGAAGAAGCUGGUUGCGACUGAGUCGCUCGGGUGA